GUAAAAUAACUACUUAGUCGGAACAUUUUCAAUCGGAGUCUAUACAUGUAUUUAAUUGACAAUAUAAAGUGUAAUUGCAAUAUUUAAAAGCAUUUAUAUGUACAUUAGACAUUCAUGUACUCGUUGUUUUAAAUAAUAACCUAUACAUAUUUAAAGGAUCUGAAAUAUUUAUUGGGUAACUUUACUGCGAUUCGUCCUCAAACAGUUUCAUCCCAAUUUAACUCUCCAAGUUUGAGCAUAUGCUUCUGACUGCGUUGUCCAUCAUAUUUAUUGACUUAUGACACUUAAAGCAAUCGUUUUUUUCAUAGCUUCGAAAUGCAGAACGGAAUUCGCAAUUUCAUAGUGCAAAAACAUUUUAGAAUUUGUUUGCAUUUGUGCAAAAGGUACAAACAUACAGUGGUUUUAGAUGAAAUGUUCAACGAGACCAACAAAUUUCACGUUCAAACAAAGCUUCAGACAUCACAUCCCUUGCUUCGACCAGACAGUCAAAAGUAUAAGGCCAAACGGCCAGCAGCAGUUCUUGUACCGAUGUGUUAUGUGAAUGGUGAACCUUCCUUGCUGUUCAUGAUGAGAUCCCAACAUCUAAAUAAUCAUAGAGGGGAAGUAUGUUUUCCUGGAGGCAUGCAGGACCCUAGUGACAAAGAUACAGUCCACACUGCAUUACGUGAGACCCAUGAGGAGAUUGGCAUGUCUCAGGACCAGGUUGAUGUCUGGGGCAAUCUGUCAGGAUCACCAACCAGCAGGACAGGAAACUGGGUGACUCCUGUCUUGGGGUUCUGUGGAGAAAUUGACAUCUCUCAGCUGAAGCUUAACCAUAGAGAGGUAGAGGAAGUGUUUACAAGGUCGAUAUCUUCACUAUGUCAUCCCCCGUCAAUACGCAGUACCCAAUGGAGGUAUCCUGGUAGUCAAGGCUACACUUUGCCGGUCUACCUCGGAGGGAAGCCAGGACAUCGCAUAUGGGGACUGACGGCAGUGAUCGUUCACCAAGUGCUCACAAUAAUCGCUCCGGGACUCUACACAUUUAAACUAAGACAUCAUAGAUAACAUAUGUAAUUGACAUUACGCCUUAUUACCUUGAUAUUAGUACUCAUAACUGAUAAAUAAAUGGCGGGAUUUAUAGUUACUGUAGUGGACAAUCAAAUGAACAUGUCAUGGACUUGGAUAUAAUAUAUUUCUUUUGUCUUCUUCCUAUUAAAGAUGACUGUUACAGAUUGUUUACUUUUAAAAUGUUUUAUUCCAAACGUGUUAUAUUUGAGAGAAAAAAUCAGACCUGGCUAAAGUCUUUAUUUCCAUUUUUUCACACAUUUGUUUAAAAUAGAAUGUAUUUUUAGAUUCAUUCUACAUUUUGCAAUAUUCUAACUAUUGCAGUUUUUAAAUCAGAAAUAUUUUGGAGAAAAAGAAUUAGUGGAAACAAUUUUGCCGUUCUCUCCUUUUAGUCAUUUCAUUGAAAAAAUGAACAUUCAUCAUAGGUUUACUCUUUGAAAUAUAAUUCCAAUGUUUUAGAGUCUAUAGUGUUAUAAUUAUUGAGGAUGGUAAAAGUCAGAUUUAAAGCUGCACUCUCACAGAUUGAACGAUUUGACAACUUUUUUAUUUUUUGUCUUGGAACGGGCCAAUUUUUGUGAAAAUCCAUGGAAACCAGUUAAAUAAGACUGUUGACAAAAAAUUAGAUGUAGAUUUUUGUAAUUAAGUUAAAAAAAAUGAUGUUUUAUGCAUUUUUCUUAAACAGUUAGUCAUGGUUUAGGCCAUAAAACAUUAAUUUUCGAACGGAAAUAUGAAAAUCUAUGAUCUGAUUUUUUGUCAGAAAUCUUAUAUCAUUGGUUUGCAGAUAUUUACGCAAAAAUUUGCCCUUUCCAAGACAAAAAAUAAAAAAGUUGUAAAAGUGGUAAAUCUUUGAGAGUCUCAUACCCACACACAUUGGCUGCAUUAUGGCUUGAUCCUGCCAUGACGCCAUCACGACUUAAAUUGUGUUUAAAUGCCAUAAGUGACAUAGAAAUGACAGCAAUUCGCAGUCAAAUCGAGACAUUGGAAUACUUUAAGAAACAGAGUGUGAUGCAAUCCUAGAGAUCCGGGUGGGAUAACCUAGCUAUUUGCGAAGAGACGUCUUGGUUCUUUCACGUGCUCGGUGUAAAUCAACGAUGAACGAAAGACAACUUUCCUUGAUUGAACCAGUUCUGAGUACACCAUUCACUCAGUAUUACCCUGUAACUUCAGAGCGCUAGGCAAGGGAGCUACUCGUACCAUAUUUUUACGUUUUUUGGUUUUCUGAGAUUGGGGUUUGAGCCCAAAACAUUCCACACCUUAAGCAAACACUACCAUUGAGCUAUCAGUGGG